AUGCAAUCAAAGAUCAACACUUUCUUCAAGCCCUCUUCUUCCUCUCCAUCUCCGUCUCCCAUCGUCUCCGCCUCAGCAACACCAGACGCAGACGAUGGUUUAGCCCUCUGGGAGAAAAAUCGAAACGUCAUCGUCAACACCUACGAGCGUCGAACCACCACAAUCGCUAGAAGUGAAGUGGUUAAGGAAUGUAUUGGGGAGUUACCACUGAAGAAAGGAUCCAAAAACAAGAAGAGGAGUUACACACAGUUUCAUUUAGAGUUGGGGCAAUCUGAUUUUUUACUCAGGCAUUGUGCAGAGUGUGGAGCUACGUAUGCUCCUGGUGAUGAGUUAGAUGAGAAGAGUCACCAGAGCUUUCAUAAGGAGUAUAUGUUUGGUAUUCCUUUUAAGGGUUGGCAGAAUGAGAGAGUGUUGUUUACAUCUUCUUUGAGUAAGAACCGUAUUGUUAUGGUUGUGUUGGAGAAUGAUUCUCCUGCACAUAGAAACAAGGUGCAAGAGGUUGUGAAAAUGAUGGAGGUUGAGUUAGGUGAGGGUUGGAUUCUUAACAAACAUUGUAAGGUUUAUCUGUUUGUCUCAUCUCAGAGGAUCAGCGGAUGUUUAGUUGCGGAGCCAAUAAAGGAAGCAUUUAAGAUCAAAGCUCCGCCUGAGGAUGAAAAACGGUUAAAGAAAGAGAGCUCUUCUUCGCCUUCAACUUCCAUUCAGUUUGGAAACAUUGUGUUGCAGAGACAAGUAUCGAAAAAAUGUCGAGAAUCAGAUGGAAAAUUAGACAAUGAAGCCAUUGUAUGUGAAGAGGAAGCUAAACCGGCUGUCUGUGGGAUUAGAGCAAUAUGGGUCUCGCCUUCCAACAGAAGAAAAGGUUUAGCUACACGGUUACUUGAUACGGCAAGGGAAAGCUUCAGAAGUGGGUGCGUUUUGGAGAAGUCUCAGUUAGCGUUUUCAGAACCAAGCUGUUUGGGAAGAGCUUUUGGAUCAAAUUAUUUUGAAACUUGUUCAUUCUUAGUUUACAAAGCUCAGGUAGAAAGGCUCAAUUAAAACAUAUAUAUUUGCAUUUUUUUU